AUGUCGAGGAAGAAUAAUCGUAACAAGAUCAAGGCACAGUAUGAGCUAGAGGUGGAGAAAGAGCGACUGCGUAAAGAGAAGCUCAUGAAAAAGCGUGAACGGAAAGCAAGCGCUCAAAAAGGAAAAGAGACGAUGGUAAAGAAAGUAUCGACUAAAGUGCUGAGAAGAAUGCGUAUGCGUCAGAUGGAGAAGACAAUGCGGGGUGAGAUGGAUGUGGACGAAGAGACAGCCAAGAAGCAGAAGAAGGGCAAGGCCGAAAAGAUGGAGACGGACGAGUAG